ACGUUUGCGGCUACCGGCUUCCUGCAGGCGGUGCAGUUCAGCCCGGCCGACAGGAACCUGGUGUUCGUGGGCAGCACCAGCAAGCAGGUCCUGGUCUUUGACAGGCGCCAGAACGAACCCGUCCUCACCUUCGCCAACGACGCGAUGGUCAACACCAUCCACGUGUACAAGGACGGCGAGUUCUUCUUGUCGGGCGACAGCGAGGGCAACAUCAAGCUCUGGGACACCAAGUCGCCCGGCGCACCGCUCGACAAGGUGGAGAACGAAGAAGGCCACAAGCCCAUCUCGCACAUCCACCUCUCGAGCACGCACGCAUCGGAGGAGGAGGAAGAAGGCCACUACCUCGCCGUCAACAGCUUCGAC